AUGGAGUCCAGGGUGGUAAGGGCAGCAAUAAGGCUGCUCUUGACUGUCAUCUGUCUUGGGAUUUGUAUGAUGUGGAUCAUGCUGCCAACAAACACCUACAGGCAAAAAUGGAGGGCUAGCAUCACCAAGAGGGUCCUUUCCACAUAUUUUGGAACACAAGGUUCCAAUAUUCUGAUUUGGACCUUUCCUGUUCUCCUUGCUGCUGCUUUGGGCUCCUUGUACCUUCACUUGGGAAAGAACUUGAACGAAAACGUUUUGCACAGCAAUGAGAGAAAACGUCGGCUGGCGUUGUGGAAGAGGCCAUUGUUGGUGAAAGGUCCUCUCGGGAUUGUUUCCGGCAUAGAAUUAGCCUUCUUGAUCAUGUUCAUUUCACUCCUGAUUUGGACACUGGCAACUUAUUUGCAUAACGGGUUACCUACAAUCACUCCAAAAGUAGCGGCAAAAUAUGGAGUGGAAGUAUGGCAAAUGAAGUUGUUCGAUAUAGCAUUGUGGAUAGCCUUUGUUGGGAACGUAUGCCUAUCGUUUCUGUUCUACCCGGUGGCUCGUGGCUCAUCGGUGCUGCCGCUGUUGGGGCUAACCUCGGAGGGCAGCAUCAAGUACCACAUAUGGCUCGGACACAUGACCAUGGUUCUUUUCACAGUUCACGGAGUUUGCUACAUCGUUUAUUGGGCUGUUACAGGCCAAAUAUCUGAGAUGAUAAAAUGGAGUCAUUCCGAUGUUUCGAAUGUGGCUGGAGAGAUAUCAUUGCUGGGUGGCCUGUUCUUGUGGGCAGCAACCAUUCCUCAAAUCAGGCGAAAAGCUUUUGAGCUCUUCUUCUACACGCAUUACCUCUACGUAAUCUUCGUAUUGUUUUUUAUCGUACAUGUCGGCGUUGGUUUCUCCCUCAUCAUGCUCCCGGGGUUUUACCUCUUCAUGAUUGAUCGUUUCCUGAGAUACCUGCAGUCUCGACGGAGUGUUCGCUUGCUCUCUGCCCGACUUCUACCCUGUGAUACUGUGGAACUUAACUUCGCCAAAAGCCCUGGUUUGAGUUAUAAUCCGACAAGUAUUAUGUUCUUGAAUGUGGCUGGCAUUUCUAAGCUGCAAUGGCAUCCGUUUACAAUUAGUUCAAACAGUAGAUUGGAGCCGGAUAGACUGAGUGUGAUCAUCAAAAGUGAAGGCAGUUGGUCGACCAAGCUCUACCAGAUGCUUUCAUCUCCUUCCUCAGUUGAUCGUCUUGAGGUCUCUAUUGAAGGACCUUAUGGACCUGCAUCAAAUCAUUUCCUCAGGCAUGACACGCUUGUGAUGGUGAGUGGAGGCAGCGGAAUUACUCCUUUUAUAUCCAUAAUCCGAGAGCUUAUCUACAGGAGCAAAAUAUCUCAGUGCAAGACACCAAAUAUGAUUCUAAUUGCUGCUUUCAAGAACUCUUCAGACCUCACCAUGCUAGACCUCCUGCUGCCCAUGACUGGUUCUCCCUCUGAACUUUCCAACCUGCAGCUUCAAAUCGAAGCUUUUGUAACAAGGGAGAAACAACCAGCGAGUGAUAACUCAAAACGGGUCCGUUCCAUAUGGUUCAGGCCCCAUCAAACAGAUAUACCUAUGGCUGCCAUUUUAGGCCCCAACAGCUGGCUCUGGCUCAGUGCCAUAGUAUCAUCUUCGUUCAUCAUGUUCCUUAUCUUAAUUGGGAUCAUCACCCGCUACUAUAUUUAUCCGAUUGAUCAUAACAAAAAUGACUUCUCAACCGCCAUAAGAGCUGUGUUGCAUAUUUUGGUCAUAUGUUUCUCCAUAGCCGUAACAGCUAGUGCAGCAGUUUUUUGGAACAAGAGACAGUAUGCCAGGGAAGCAAAGCAGAUACAAAACAUGGACGGACAAACCCCAGAAGGAUCACCUGACUUGAUGCCUUCUUAUAAUGCUGAUAGAGAACUGGAAAGCCUCCCCCACCAGUCUCUUGCAGAAGCUACCAAAAUUCACUAUGGAGAGAGACCAGAUUUAAAGAGAAUGCUAUUUGACUGUAAAGGAUCGAGCAUUGGUGUUCUUGUUUGCGGUCCAAAGAAACUGAGACAUGAUGUUGCAGCAAUAUGUUCAUCUGGUCCGGCACAAAAUCUGCAUUUUGAGUCCAUCAGUUUCAGCUGGUGACUGACUGUUUCCCGGCCAGGGUUCAUAAGCGUGCAGUGUUUUAACAGUUUGUCUUCCGAAGAUUUACGGUGGUUUUAUUUUAACUACCCAUCUUUUGUCCUAAGAUAAGUCAAUGUUGGAUGUUGCAUGCAAAAUUUCUUGCUAAAUAGAGUACCGGAAUCCUGAAUUAGGUUGUCUUAAUGAUAAAUAACCUGACAAUCAUUACUGGGAAGAAGUUAAUCAUAAUACCAAUAAUCGGCUCAAUCCUA